UCCCAUGGCUUCUCUGAGGCGAGCACUGAGGACAGCAACUUUCCAUCCUCUCCCAUGGAGACCUCAGCUCCGGAACCUGAGUACUCCCAAAGGCCCCACAACUGAAAAGAGUGUGCCAUACCAGCAGACUCUAAAGGAGAACAAGGACUCUGUGGGCUCAGGGCCUACCCGACCCCUGCCCAAGUCAGCUGAUGUGGUGGUUGUGGGUGGGGGCAGCUUAGGUUGUCAGACUCUCUACCAUCUGGCCAAGCUGGGCCUAACCAACAUUGUGCUGUUGGAGAGAGAUAAGCUCACUUCAGGAACCACAUGGCACACUGCAGGUCUGCUGUGGCAGCUUCGACCCAGUGAUGUGGAGGUGGAACUCCUGGCUCACACACGCCAGGUGGUGAGCCAUGACUUGGAGAAGGAAACAGGACUACAUACUGGCUGGAUUCAGAAUGGGGGCCUCUUCAUUGCCUCCAACCGCCAGCGACUGGAUGAGUACAAAAGACUUAUGUCGCUUGGCAAAGCCUAUGGGAUAGAGUCCCAUGUCUUGACACCAGCAGAGACCAAGGCGCUAUACCCAUUGAUGAAUGUGGAGGACCUCUACGGCACUCUCUAUGUGCCCCAGGAUGGCACUAUGGACCCUGCAGGCACUUGUACAACCCUCAUCAGAGCAGCCUCUGCCCGGGGAGCCCAGGUCAUUGAGAACUGCCCUGUGACUGGCAUUCAGGUACGAACAGAUGACUUUGGUGUACGGCGGGUAGCAGCAGUAGACACCGACUAUGGCUCCAUCCAGACUUCCUGUGUGGUCAACUGUGCAGGUGUGUGGGCAAGCACCCUGGGAAAAAUGGCUGGAGUGAAGGUGCCACUCGUGGCCAUGCAUCAUGCCUACGUGGUCACUGAACGCAUUGAAGGGAUCCAGAACAUGCCCAAUGUCCGGGAUCAUGAUGCCUCUGUUUAUCUCCGCCUCCAAGGAGAUGCCCUCUCUGUGGGAGGUUACGAGUCCAACCCAAUAUUCUGGGACAAGGUAUCUGAUAAAUUUGCCUUUGGCCUCUUUGACCUGGACUGGGAUGUGUUUACCCAGCACAUCGAAGGUGCCAUCAACCGAGUCCCAGUACUGGAGAAAACAGGGAUCAAAUCUACUGUCUGUGGCCCUGAAUCCUUUACAGCUGACCAUAAACCCCUAAUGGGGGAGGCACCUGAGCUCCGGGGGUUCUUUCUUGGCUGUGGUUUCAACAGUGCAGGAAUGAUGCUAGGAGGUGGCUGUGGAAAGGAGCUGGCUCACUGGAUCAUCCAUGGAUACCCAGAGAAAGACAUGUAUGGCUAUGAUAUCAGGCGCUUUCACCACUCCCUCACUGACAACCAUCAUUGGAUCCGAGAGCGGAGUCAUGAAUCAUAUGCCAAGAAUUAUUCUGUUGUCUUCCCCCAUGAUGAGCCACUGGCUGGCCGAAAUAUGAGGAGAGACCCACUGCAUGAGGAGCUUCUCCAACAGGGGUGUGUAUUCCAGGAAAGACACGGCUGGGAGAGACCUGGAUGGUUUAACCCACAGGGACCAGCUCCUAUCCUCCCUUAUGACUAUUAUGGGGCAUAUGAGCACCAGUCCCAUGAAGACUAUAAGUAUAACAAACUGCUUGGCAAUGAGUACACCUUCGAUUUCCCCCCUCAUCAUGAUGUUAUCCAGAAGGAAUGUUUAUCCUGCAGAAAUGCGGUGGCUGUGUUUGACAUGUCUUACUUUGGGAAAUUCUAUCUGGUUGGUCCUGAAGCCAGAAAAGCUGCAGAUUGGCUCUUCUCAGCGGAUGUCCAUAAACCUCCAGGCUCCACAGUGUAUACCUGCAUGCUGAAUCAUCGAGGAGGCACUGAGAGCGACCUGACAGUAAGCCGCCUAGCUAGGGAUUCUGAGGCCUUUCCACCUACCCCUUCCUUUGAAGGGGAUGGCUAUUAUCUGGCAGUGGGGGGAGCAACAGCUCAGUAUAACUGGUCCCACAUCACCACUGUGCUUCAAGACAAGAAGUUCAAUUGCCAACUCAUUGACUGUUCAGAGGAAAUGGGAAUGAUUAGCAUCCAGGGACCGCAAAGCCGGGCAGUUCUUCAGGAGGUGCUUGAGACAGACUUGAGUAACGAGGCCUUCCCUUUUUCCACUCACAAGCUGGUGAAAGCUGCUGGCCACCUGGUUCAAGCCAUGAGAUUGUCUUUUGUUGGGGAGAUGGGCUGGGAGCUGCACAUCCCCAAGGCAUCCUGUGUACCUGUUUAUAAGGCUGUGAUGAAAGCAGGUGCCAAGCAUGGCAUCACCAAUGCAGGCUAUCGGGCAAUUGAUUCCCUGAGCAUUGAGAAAGGCUACCGACACUGGCAUGCAGAUCUUCGCUCCGAUGAUACCCCUCUGGAAGCAGGGCUGGCUUUUACCUGCAAACUGAAGUCCACCAUUCCCUUUUUGGGCCGAGAAGCCCUAGAGAAACAGAAGGCCUCUGGUCUCCUCAGACGCCUGGUCUGCUUUACCGUUGACAAAAAGGUGCCCAUGUUUGGUCUUGAAGCCAUCUGGAGAAAUGGAAAAGUAGUUGGCCACAUUCGAAGAGCAGACUUUGGUUUCACCAUCAAUAAAACCAUCGCCUAUGGGUACAUCCAGAACCCAGAGGGAGGUCUGGCAUCCCUGGAGUUUGUGAAGAGUGGCGACUAUGCCCUUGAGAGGAUGGGAGUGACCUACCCUGCCCAAGCUCAUGUGAAGUCUCCAUUCGAUCCAGACAACAAGAGAGUGAAGGGAAUAUACUAGCUCCAGAAGUCUCUGGUGUUGGCUGCCUGGGAAGCGGAAGUACCAGGGACUGAUGAGAGGAAGAUGGGAACAAACCAGCAAUCAUUCCUAAUGAGUCAAGGACCAAGCUCCCCCAACAGCUGACUUCUACACAUUCCGUGCCUCUCCUUAUCUGAGCCCUGGAAGUGCCCCUGGGUCCCCCUGCUGUUCUCAGAAUGAAGCCCAGUCUAUUGAAGCAGCUGCUUUCUGGUCAUAUCAUAGAGGAAACUUUCAAACUUAGAAUUAGAAUAGCAGGAAGUACUAAUUCCUCAGAUACCAAAAUUCCUCAAAAACGUAGCAAAAAAUAACAAAAAAUUUCAAAAUAUCCUCAAAUGAUGUUUUCCAAUUGGCCCCCAUUCAAAAAGUUUGUUCCACCAGCCAUGCUAACCUUUUUUAGGGGUGGGACUAUUCCUUAUAUCCUUCAGAGGGACCUAAGAUGGUGUGGGUCCCAUGGAAGACAUUUAGUAAAUACUUUAAAAACUUGAACUGAAGUGAAUCAAUGAAUCUAAAACGGGAACAAAGUCAGGGUUCAGAGACCACCGACCCGCUCCCAGGGAAAACUCAGGGGAGAUUAAAGCAAGGCCUUGUUCUGUGUGCCAAAGGCCCAGUUCCUUGAGAGCUCACAGCUCUUCUAAGUAUGAUUCUGUUUUACAAUUGAACAGACUCAGAAAACAAGCUCUCUCAGUUAGAGGACUGUGCUUCUCCAAAAGAUUUUCAUUUACCAUGGGACCAGUUGUUCUUUGGCAGCCUUCUAGAAGGUUUCUGCUUAAUGGAAUUUUCCUUCAUAUUUUAUAUUCUCUAUCAUUUCAACAAAAUUCGUUUUAUGUCUAUGUCUUGUCUUCAAGCUUGAUCUGAAGACCCUUGAGGGAAGGUUCAAAUUAUGUGUUUGUAUCAGUCACUCUUAGGAGGUAGGCAGCAGAGUGCAGAUAACAAUACACAUUCAAUAAAUAUUUGUCAGAAUGUGACAAUAA